UGGCGCGCUCAUUCAGCCAAUCAGAGCCCAGGCGGAAGCUUGGCUGUUUCUUUCUGUUUCCAAACGGAGAGGUGUAUUAACUCUACAAAUCACUUUUGUCUGUAAUCUAACUAUCUGUUGACAUUUUUGUAAAUGGAAAGUGUUUCUACAAAAGACGACGAUAAAAUGACACCCCGAAAACGAAAAAGGGACGAAACUACAAGCAGUAAGAUUCCUAAAACGGAGGAGAUCAGCUCUGAGACUUGCCUCGAUCAACCAGGCGAUCAAAGUAUUCACGAAGUCGUAAAUUUCGAGCCAUCCACGUUGCCAGCAGUCCACUAUGAUCCUGGCACAACUAAGCCCAUCAGCUGCAGUCUGAAGUCUCUUGAUGAGCUGUUAUCAUGGAAACGGACUGAAGCAAGUCCAUUUAAUGUGGCCACUGUGCCUCUGGCUAGCAGGCUUCCUCAACUGGACAGGUGCCCUAGGCGGACAUUGGUGUCCCAUGACAUGAUGGGUGGCUACUUGCAUGACAGGUUCAUUCAAGGCGCAGAGGUGGAGAUGCCGUAUGCCUUCUAUCACUGGGAGUAUAUUGACAUCUUCAACUACUUCAGUCAUCAGAUGGUAACCAUUCCUCCUGUGGUUUGGACGAAUGCAGCACAUAAACAUGGAGUGCUCUGUAUUGGUACAUUCAUCACAGAGUGGACAGAUGGAGCGAAGAUAUGUGAGGCCUUCCUUGCAGAUGAGGAGAGUUACCGUGCAGCUGCUGAUAAGCUGGUUCAGAUUUCCUACUGUUACGGCUUCGAUGGCUGGCUCGUUAACAUAGAAAAUGUGCUGAGUGAGACUGCAGUGAAGAACACUGGUCCCUUUCUGCGCUACCUCACAGACCAGAUGCAUGAGCGCGUUCCAGGCAGUGUGGUGAUCUGGUAUGACAGCGUGCUGAAGAACGGCUCACUCAACUGGCAGAACGAACUCAAUGACGACAACAGAAUGUUUUUUGAUGCUUGUGAUGGAAUAUUCACUAACUACAACUGGACAGAGCAGAGUCUGGAGAGGAUGAAGUCCUACUCCGCGGCUCAGGGCCGCUUUGCUGACAUCUAUGUUGGUGUUGAUGUGUUUGCAAGAGGGAAAGUGAUCGGAGGGAAAUUUGAGACAAAUAAGGCUCUAGAGCUGAUUCGCAAGUAUGAGCUUUCAACAGCCAUCUUUGCUCCUGGUUGGGUGUACGAAUGCCACGAAAAGGCAGAUUUUCGGCAAAACCAGGACAAGUUUUGGAGCUUGCUGUCUGAGUACCUUUAUAUCCACCGGCCCUCGUCCAGUCUUCCAUUCGUCUCCUCAUUCUGUCAGGGCUUUGGAAAGAGCCUGUACUGGAGGGGACAGGUGGAGAUGGAGAGAAACUGGUUUAAUCUGCAUGCUCAGGAGAUCCAACCUCUGUACCUCUCUGAGAACAUGGAGAAAGGCGGCUGGCUGAGAAGCCGUGGCUGCUCAGAGGACGCUUGGAUUGGAGGCAGCUCUCUGAUGGUGGAGGGCGUCAUUCCAUCUGGACUUCCUGAAGUCUGUGCAAGGAUAUUUUCUCUCCAUGUUCCCUUGGCCGCCAGGACUUUUGUCUCUUUUGUCUACAAGCCACCUGUGGGAGUGAAGGUGUCCUUGGAGCUCAAAACGAUAGAUGUUUCCCUGUGCACAUUCAAAGGGACAGAGGAAAUAGCAUCUAGAAGUAUCUUUCCAGAAGCGUUAGCAGAGGAUAAUCAGUUGGUUAAGCAGUUUGUUCAGAAUUGUGGCCGGUGGACUUCAGAUGGCUGGACUUCCAGAUGUUUCCUGUUGAAAAUGAUUGGAUGCUCACUGCGAGAAGUGUGUAUUCGUUUUUCCCGAGAUGAUGAAGGAGAUGAAGACGUCUCCUUUAACUGCAGGAUUGGAGAGAUUAUGCUUUUGGAUGCAGAGAGUCUUCAUGCACCCCUGCCGUCUGUUCAAGGCAUCUGUGUGAAUGAUGUGGUGUGGCAGAUGGAUGAUUCUAAUGAACAUGGACACACAACGAAGGUACUUUUGAGCGCCACCUUACGUUGGCAAUAUCCCACUCAGCAGGUCCGCCAUUUCCGGAUACACUGGAGACAUCUCCAUGGUCCUGACCCUCGGAUUCGCUCUGGAUCCCUGACUCUAAUUGGCAAGUCUUACUCCACCCUGUACCGUGUGGUGAAGCUGGAGGUUCCUCCUGCUCCGGGUCUCGUAGAGCUGUUGGUGGAGCCUGUGAGCAGAGAGGGAUUCAGAGUGCCUGAGGACCGGUGGGGCAGACGCAAACUCAGCUAUAGUUCCUCAGGGAACCCAUGAACAUGAAACGCUGUUGACCAAAUGCCUUAAUACGCUAUAGCUGACAUGCUAUUUUGAUAGUAUAAACAAAUCUCUCUUCUGUUCAAUAUGCAGUAGAAUGUGAGAUGAGUUGGUGCUAAAUCUGUAUUUCAUAAAUGACUUGAGUUGUGUAUUUUGAAUACUUAUUUGAAAGAGCAGAAAAAAUGUGUAAGCUGUUAAAAGCUGUUUUAAACGCUAGUGUGCGAGGACCAGAGUGGUCUGUUCUUUUAACCAUUGCACAGCUCUAAAAGUGCAUAUAUUUACAUUUAUUCAUAAGUGGCAUGAAAACCUCAAAAUUAAUCAAGUAGCUUUUUUAAAAAAAGGGUAAUAUUUUAACAAGAGUCAUGAAAUUCCCUUGUUUAUGCAUUUGUGUGAAAUCAAGCAAGGAGAUGAUUCUAAUUUCCUUUCUUCUUGAAAGACUUGCAUAUACAUUAUUAUUUGUGUUGAAAAAUAAAUGGGAAUGUAAAAACAA